AUGCAUUAUUCUCGAUCUUCCUCUUCCCUGCUCAGGUCUGAUUUCAUAAACUGGAAUGUCUUCUCCGACCUGGCGGAUUACAUAGUGGAUGUUCUCUUCCCAAUGGUUACGAAGCUUUCCAGUGCCUCCUCUCGGUGUCAGGUUUCGAACAAGGACACGAUCACCGGGCCGGGGAUCUUCAACUACUCCACGCUGUUGCUGUGCGAGAAAAGAGACGCGCUGUAUGUGGGAGCACGGGAGGCCAUCUUUGAGCUCAGCAAGAAGAACGUGACGGUUAAAAACAACUAGGUCGAGUGGACAGUUGCAGAAAACCUCAGAGGGAUGUGCACUUCAAAAGGUAAAUCAAAAGAGAAGGAUUGUCUAAACUACAUUCGAGUGCUGCAAGUCGCAGACGACGAGCGGCUGUAUGUCUGCGGCACGCACGCCUUUCAACCUCAGUGUGUCUACUUGAACCUCGCUGACUUCUCGUUGGACCGUCAGCCUGAAGACGGCCGGGGGAAGUGCUCCUUUGACCCGUCACAAAGCUCUACUGCCGUCAUGGUUGAUGGAGAGCUGUACUCAGGGACAGCUUAUAACUUCUUAGGCAGCGAACCCAUUAUGUCCAGAAACUCUCCAUCCCAGUCCCUGUUGAGGACAGAGUACUCCAGAUCAUGGCUCAACGAGCCACGUUUUGUUUUUGCUGACGUGAUCAGUGAAGGGAGUAACAGAGCGGAUGGCGAGGACGAUAAAAUCUACUACUUCUUCACCGAGGUGUCCGUGGAGUACGAAUUAUUUGGCGAGCUGCUCAUUCCCAGGGUGGCCCGCGUCUGUAAGGGUGACCUCGGGGGGCAGCGCACUUUGCAGAACAAAUGGACGUCUUUCGUGAAAGCCAAGCUGGUGUGCUCCAUGCCUGAGCUCAACUUUGUUUUCAACGUAGUACAUGAUGUGUUCAUCCUGAAGGGCGCCGACUGGAAGGACACCGGUACCUACGGGGUGUUCACCUCCCAGUAGGGUAACGUGGGCCUGUCAGCAGUGUGUGCUUACAACAUGACAGCUGUGGAAGACGUCUUCUCCAAGGGCAAGUACAUGCAGAAGGUCACAGUGGAGCAGUUCCAGACCAAGUGGGUCCAGUACAACGGCAUCACUCCCACUCCACGUCCUGGAGCAUGUAUUAACAACCUGAUGCGACAGCAGAACAUCAGCAGCUCUCUCCACCUGCCGGACAAGACCCUUCAGUUUGUGAAGGACGAGCCCCCAAAUGUUACGCCCCUGAUAAAAGGGAAGAAUUUUGAUAAGAGUCAAAGUUAGGUUUCAUUCUCCGGUACUUUA